AUGAGCACCACAACCCUCAUCAACACGGCGCAGCGUUCGACUCUGCUGUCGCCAAUCCUGCAACUCCCAAUACCCACCACGAUGCUCUCCUCCUCCGCCUCCGUUGCCGCUUCCGUAUCCCAACAAUCCCCCCUGGACAAAUUCCCGGUCUUCGAAGACGAACCCUCCGUCUCUACUCCGUCCUCCACAACUACAUACCAAACCCCCUUCAGCGACAAUCUCGCCCCUCUCCCUUCCCACCUGUCGCAGCCUCUGCGCAGUUCGCAUCACCAGCAGCAGCAGCAGCAGCAGCAAUACCAGCCGCCCAGAUGGGCGCCCCGGAAACAUCCCUCCAUCCUCUCCAUUGACACCAGCUCCAGCACCGGUUCCAAGCAGCGUCCGCGGAAAAGUAUCAGUGAGGCCAUUGGCGGCUUUAGGAAUCGAGGGACGAGCGUCAGUGCCAAUGCGCAGGAGUUGGCCGAGGCGUUGAAGGCGCCUGUUUCGUACAAGCUCAUCAUCCUCUGUAUAAUCUGGUACACCACCUCUGCGCUAACAAACACCUCCUCAAAAUCCAUCCUCACAACCCUCCCAAAACCCAUAACCCUAACCAUAAUCCAAUUCGCCUUCGUCUCCUUCUGGUGCUUCAUGCUCGCCAGCCUAGCCUCCAUCUUCCCCUCCCUCCGCCGCGCCGUACCCCCGCUGAAAAAUGGCCUCCGCAAACCCUCCCGCAUCGUCAUCAAGACCGCGCUGCCACUCGCCAUCUUCUCGCUCCUAGGCCACAUCCUCAGCUCGAUGGCCACGUCACAAAUCCCCGUUUCGCUCGUGCACACCAUCAAGGGACUAUCUCCCCUAUUCACGGUGGUGGCGUACCGCUGCAUCUUCCGCAUCAAGUACGCGAUGGCGACGUAUCUAUCCCUCAUCCCGCUGACGGCGGGCGUGAUGCUGGCAUGCUCAUCGGGUUUCAGCACGAACCUUCUAGGAAUCCUCUGCGCCUUCUCCGCUGCCAUCGUCUUCGUGUCGCAGAACAUCUUCUCCAAGAAACUGUUCAAUAAAGCUGCUCGCGCGGAGGCGGAGGACCACCAUCAUUACAGGAACAAGAACACAUCCGCAAACCUCGACAAACUGAAUCUCCUCUACUACUGUGCCGCCCUCGCCUUCCUCCUUACCCUCCCCAUCUGGUUCGUGUCGGAAGGCUACACCCUCCUCUCCGACCUGCUGCGCACCGCCACCAUCCCUCUCCCCACCGACAACAAAUCAUCCUCCACCGAACCCCUCGAGACCGGGCCCCUCCUCCUCCAAUUCCUCUUCAACGGCCUGUCCCACUUCGCCCAAAACAUCUUCGCCUUCUCCAUUCUCUCCAUGGUCUCCCCGGUCUCCUACUCCGUCGCCUCGCUGCUCAAACGUGUUGUCGUCAUCAUCGCAACGAUCAUCUGGUUCGGCAGCCCGACGAACCCGGUGCAGGCCAUCGGCAUUGGACUGACGUUUUUGGGUCUGUAUCUUUAUGAUCGGAAUAGCCAUGACGAUGCGGCGGAUCGGAGGGCGAGGGAUGAUCGGUUUCAUGGUGGUGAUGUUGAGGGUGCGGGGAAGAAGUCGCCGCUUUUACCACUUAGUAAUGUCGCUGGCAUUGGUAGUGUUGGCGUUGGUUCUGCUGCGAAUGGAGGCAAAGCCUGGGACUCGAACGGGUAUUCAUUUUCCAUGGUGGGGCCGAGAAGGGGGGAGCAUCCGGCUGCGAAGGCACCACCGGUUAAUAAUGUGACGAAGAAGGUUGAUGGGGCUGGUGCUGGUGCUUCUGCCGGCUGGCUGCUGCCGGGGACGAAGCAGGAGUCUACGUGGAAGGAGGGUGAUUCGAGGGCGUUGAGUUAG